AUGUCCGUCGCCACAGAUAAGGCUCGAUUCUUUCUCGAGCAGUCGGUGCCCGAACUCAAGGAGUAUGAGCGCAAGAAGCUUUUUACAAAGGAUGAAAUCACUUCAAUCAUCAAGAAGCGGUCCGACUUUGAGCACAAGCUCAAUGCGCGCGGAGCGGCUCCCAUCGAUUUUGUCCGAUAUUUUGAGUACGAGAUGAACCUCGAGAACCUGCGUAAGAAGCGAGUAAAGAGAAUGGGAAUCCGAACAGCUGGACACAGCGGCCAACGACGCAUUUACUUCAUUCUUGACCGUGCCACGCGCAAGUUCCACGGCGAUCUCAACCUCUGGAUUCAAUAUAUUGAAUAUGCGCGGAAACAAAAAGCCAAUAAGAAGCUUUCUAUCAUCUUCACGGAUGCCCUUCGGUUCCACCCGACCAGCGCUGAGUUGUGGGUUUACGCCGCCAAGUACGUUCUUGAUGACCAUGCGGAUAUGUCCCAGGCGCGGAGUUACAUGCAGCGCGGUCUGCGGUUCUGCAAGAGCUCAAGGGAUCUUUGGCUGCAAUACGCCAAGUUGGAAUUGAUCUACAUCGCCAAGCUGAUCGCUCGUCAACGGAUCUUGGGACUCGACGAGGAGCGGCCGGUGCAAGUCGAGACGGCUGGGGAUGAGAUGGGCGACAUGGUUGCGCUCCCCGACAUUACCGACGAAGAUAUCAACCCGACACGGAAUGACGGUGAAGUUGAUCAACAAGCGUUGCAAAAUCUCAACUCUACUCCGGCGCUGACCGGUGCAAUUCCCAGCGCCAUCUUCGAUGCCGCAAUGAAGAACUUCCACAAUGAGGACCGAUUCGGAGCUGAAUUCUACGAGAUGGUUCUAGAGUUCCAGGAUACGCCGUGUUUCCAGAAGAUCCUGGGGCACGUGGUGGACACGAUGCGGGCGCACAAGCCUACCAGCCCCCGGACGCAGAUCUGCUACAUCAAGUUCCCCACUGCAGGUGUUCAUGUCACAUCUGCAGAGUUCCCACGAGCCCUUGGUAGCUCGUUGGCCCGUCUCAAGGAGUCGGCUCUGACCCAUGACCUGGCCCAGGAGGUGGUGAGCUGGCUGCAACCCCUCGCAGACACGGAGGACCUGGAUCCUUCGCUCAAGAAGGUCAUUCAGGCCACAUUACGCACCGCCGAGCGUGCAUCCUCCAAGGAGUAA